AUGGCAAAGGACCCGUCGCACAAUGAAUUUGUAUUUCAUGGGACAGCAUAUGUCGAGGGGGAGACUUUUGGUGAGCUUCUUUCAAGCAGGGAGGAGUUGAGUUUCUGGGGCGGAGUAAAUCCAGAAACUGGGGAGAUUGUCGACCGUCACCACGAACUGAGCGGGCGACAUCUUCAGCAUCAUAUCCUUGCUAUCCCUAGUGGCCGCGGCUCAUGCUCCGCCAGCGGGGUAAUGCUAGAGCUCCUUCGGAAUGGCAAGGGUCCUAACGCGAUCUUGUUCGAGCGACGCGAAGACAUCCUGACGCUGGGUGUCAUGAUCGCUGAAGAGAUUUUCAACAUGACUAUUCCUAUAGUGAGACUCCAGCCAGAUGACUUCCGCCAGCUUGUUGGACUCGGUGGCUUGAGGGUGCAAGUUCUCGGUGGAUGUGUGAAGAUUGGUGAGCUUAGCGGCGCUGGUGAUAGCUGCUCACCAUGUGUCGGCAGGAGCCGAUCCAGCAUACAUGCGGGCUCCGUGAACCUUUCAGAAAUCGACCAGGCUUUUCUUGAAGGUAUCUAUGGGGAGGCUGCGCGCGUCUCGAUGCGAAUCAUUCUACGGAUGGCAAAUUUGCUGGAGGCCAAGGAGUUGAUGGAUGUCUCGCAAGUCCAUGUCGAUGGCUGCGUCUACACAGGGCCGGCUGCACUGGCUGUUGCAGAGCAGCUUCGAGACUGGGGUGGCAAAGUCCGGGUGCCAACAUCCCUCAACUCUAUAUCCAUCGAUCUGAAGCGCUGGCGUACGCAAGCAAUCGAUGCUGUCUUCGCAGGCAACGCCGAAUCUCUGGCACAGGCGUACAUAGAUAUGGGUGCCAGCCCUACCUUCACAUGUGCACCAUACCAGUUAGAAACUGCACCAAAAUUUGGGGAGCAGGUGGCAUGGGCGGAGUCUAACGCUGUUGUCUACGCCAAUAGCGUGCUGGGGGCAAGGACAAUGAAAUACCCUGAUUUCCUCGACAUAGCUAUUGCUUUGACAGGUCGCGCGCCGAAGGGCGGGUGUCAUAUUGAUGCCAAUCGACUUGCUUCCCUCGUUGUUACCAUUCCAGGUAUUGAGAAUACCCGGUACAUCGACGACUCCUUUUACCCACUACUCGGUUACCAUGUGGGAUGCCUGGCCGCAAGCCAUAUUCCUGUCAUUGUGGGGAUUUCAUCCCUCGCACCAAAUAAGGACAAUUUGAAGGCCUUCGGGGCAGCAUUUGCAACAUUGUCCAGCGCACCAAUGUUCCACAUUCUAGGGGUUACGCCCGAGGCCACAACACUCAAUGCUGUUCUCAGCAAAGAGCCGGAUGUCCAAACUAUCACAGUCAACCUCAACGAGCUGAGCUUCUGCUGGGAACAACUGAAUAGUGCGUCUAACACUCAAGAUGUGGGGUUGAUAUCUCUUGGCAAUCCGCACUUCUCGCUCCAGGAGGUGAGGAAACUCGCCGAACUCUGUCGGGGUCGCAAAAAAGAGACACCGUCACAGUGA